AUGGGUCAAAGUACGGGUUCCGGAAAUAGAAAAGAAAGUGGCCAAAUCGAUGCACGGACAACUUGGUGCCAUUGCGCUAUCGUUGGUGGUACAGUUGUCGGUCUACUGACGGCCAUACUGCUAGUGAUGUUUAUUGUGUAUCGGAUGCGAAAGAAGGAUGAAGGUUCGUAUGCAUUAGAGGAACCAAAACCACGGCCAUACGCUGGUUACGCAUACACGAAAGCGUCCACGAAGGAAUUCUACGCAUAG